GACACUUGCCAGGGAGCGUCGCUCGUCGUCCUCGUCGUCGACCGCUCCUUUCUUCACAACCAUGACUAUCCUUCGUACACUCAUGGGUUCAGGCCCCUCUUCUCGUCUUGUCACUACUCGCUUCGCUAAUGCUGGUCCAUCUACUCUCAUUGCUCGUCGAUUGCUUUCGACUACCUCAGCACGGUCAAUGCCAACACGAGAGCCUCCAAAAGGUUCUGAGGUCUACGAGACUCCUGAUUAUCUUAGACCACCCCCCACCCCAAGGUCACCUCCGCUGAGCGCAAAAUAUGAAGGUGCCGUCGAUCCGUACCACGGUGGACCGAGUGCUAUCGAGAAAGCGGUUCAUAUUUUCUUUUUCACGGAGAUCAUUCGUGGAAUGUGGAUUGUUUUGGAACAAUUCUUCCGUCCACCGUACACGAUCAUGUAUCCCUUUGAGAAAGGGCCGCUGUCACCUCGUUUCCGCGGGGAACAUGCGCUGCGCAGAUAUCCAAGUGGAGAGGAGCGAUGCAUCGCUUGCAAGUUGUGCGAAGCCAUUUGCCCUGCACAGGCAAUCACUAUCGAGAGCGAAGCUCGUCUGGAUGGUUCAAGACGAACUACUCGAUACGACAUCGACAUGACUAAGUGCAUCUAUUGUGGAUUCUGUCAAGAGGCCUGUCCCGUGGACGCGAUUGUAGAGACCCAAAACCAGGAAUUCUCCACUGAGACUCGUGAGGAGCUCCUCUACAACAAGGAGAAAUUAUUGGCGAACGGCGAUAGGGCUGAGGCCGAGAUUGCCGCUAAUUUGCACGCGGAUCACGUAUACCGGUGACGGGGGUCAGUGCCUUGAAGAUGGUGAUGUUUGUCAAGAAGCUCGCACUCGAGAUGAGAUGUUAUCCGGACCACCGGAAUCCUUUCCUCUUCGUGGUGAUUGUGCUACUCCGUAUCGCGUAUACUAUAAUUUUUUUUCCAAGACUGAUAACGGAGAAUGCUCAGGGGCUUUGAUGUUUAGCUCUUGAUAUGUCGAGACACUGGCCUGACGAUAACUUUGAAAGGUCUAUUGAGUUCUGUUCGGACUGCG